AUGGCAUCAUCUAACAAACACGAAGCCCUACCAGAUGGUGACACAAGCUUUAUCAACCCAGAUGACCUCGCUGCCUUUGCUCGAGCUGUCCAUGCCCCGGAUGUCCCCGAAGACGAUUUUAUCACCGCUUUGAAUGACUGGCGCCCUGUUCACCAACGCAUCCGACGGAAGAAGACAUCUGUAAAAAAACGACCAAGAAGAGGUAAAGACGAGACAAGGGAGGGGUUCGGUUAUCAGGUUUUCAAAUGGCCAUUGAUUCUUUAUGUCUUGACUAGGUUCUAUAUCUCACAGUAUGAGUAUUGGGUUACCUGGCGCGGGCGCCGCGAGAAACUACGGAAGAAGCUGCGGUCAACCAGUAACUACGAGGACUGGAAAAUUGCUGCAAAGGAGCUGGAUACGUAUCUUGGUGCCGAUUCUUGGAAAUCUGAUGAAGUAUUUGCGUAUUAUGACUAUAAGACCAUCAAGAAAGCCACUACAGACAUGUCUAGACUUCGACAGCGGGCCGAGGAUGAGGCCCAGAGGGGGUUAGCAGAGACGAAUGGGGAAAGAGAUGGGAGGAGCAUAUCAGUUGUCGAUGAACUGAGAAAUCUCGUAGAACUCUGCGUCAAGAGUAAUUUUGGUGGUAUUGAGAGCUUCAGGUUAUAUUCACAAACUUACUAUGGGACAAAGGAUAGAGUUCAAGAGUAUGUUGAGGAGGUUGAAAAAAGUUUGAAGUUUCUUUUAGAAACAAGUUCUUUGGGGAUGGAUGAUAAGAGAUUGUUGUUUAAGCACUUAUCCAGUAAUUAUGGCCGUACAGCCUUGUGUUUAUCUGGAGGUGCUUCUUUUGCCUACUACCAUUUCGGGGUUGUCAAAGCUCACCUAGACGCCGAUCUCUUACCCACAGUUAUCACUGGUACUUCCGGCGGCGCAUUGGUGGCUGCAUUAGUAUGCACAAGAACAGACGAGGAACUUAAAAAAUUGCUAGUGCCAGCAUUAGCAAACAAAAUUACAGCUUGCCAUGAUGAUACAUUGACAUGGUUCAAGCGCUGGUGGAAAACCGGUGCACGGUUUGACAGUGUUGACUGGGCAGAGAGAUGUUGCUGGUUCACAAGAGGCAGUAUGACUUUCAAAGAGGCGUACGAGCGUACAGGGAGGAUACUCAAUAUCUCUUGCAUCCCAUCCGAUCCGCAUUCGCCAUCAUUACUUCUUAAUUACCUCACUGCCCCUGAUUGCUGUAUAUUCUCCGCUGUCCUAGCCUCAGCUGCAGUCCCAGGAAUACUGAAUCCUGUUGUCCUGAUGACUAAAACCAAGUCUGGUACCAUCGCACCAUUCUCAUUUGGUCAUAAAUGGAAAGACGGCUCUCUUCGCACAGAUAUCCCGCUCAAGGCGCUGAAUUCUCACUUUAAUGUAAACUUCAGCGUCGUGAGCCAAGUAAACCCUCAUGUCUCUGUAUUCUUUUUUUCUUCUCGUGGAUCUGUGGGUCGACCUGUCACACACCGCAGAGGAAAAGGAUGGAGAGGAGGUUUUCUUGGUAGUGCGAUGGAACAAUACCUCAAAUUAGACAUGGCAAAAUGGCUCAAAGUGCUCCGUCAUCUCGAACUACUGCCUAGGCCGCUGAGUCAAGAUUGGAGUAGUGUAUUCCUGCAGAAAUUCGAUGGGAAUAUUACCAUCUGGCCAAAGACAAGCAUCACUCAGCUCCGUUACAUCUUGACGGACCCAACUGAGGAGCGAUUGGAGAAUAUGCUGGCUGUCGGACAAGGAUGUACGUUUCCGAAACUAAAAUUUGUUUCAAAUAGGCUGCGGAUAGAGAGGUUAGUGGAUAAGGGACGGCAGAUGACACGCAACAAGAACGCCGAACCAGAGCAGCAUAUAUUCUCAGCUGAGUUGCAUAACAAUAUGAAUGGUAGCGAACCUCGGAGGCAAAGCUUUCAAGGUGGCUCUUUGCAAUUACAAAGAAGAACACUUUCAGAAGGCGGGGAAGCCACUCAACACGCUGAAAGUCCAACUGCGCGGUUAUCGUCGUGGUUUUCUAAAUGGAACGGCAGUACUGCCUCUUCCUCCGAAGAUGGCCAACGUGAUCUUGGGCCGAAUGGAGCAAGGCCUCUUGGUGCCGGGGGAAGGAGAACCAGUUUUAGCGAUAGGUUUAAAGAAAUCGAGAACCAAGGGAGAGUGUUCUUUGACGAUUCGGAGGAAUUUACGGGGAGCAGCGCUAGUACUACGAGCGGGGAAGAGACGGAAGACAGGGAAAUGAAAGAGAAGGUUGGUGGGGAGACUGAUGACGAGGAAGAUGGCGGUGGUGAAGAGGAAGAGGAGGCUGUAAGUGAUGAGAGGUCAGGAACAGAGAAAUUCCAGGCUGGUGUCAUGGGAGGCGUGACAGGUGUUGCGCCCUAA